AUGGCGUCUGGUUCCAAGCCUAAGGACCAAGACCGUCCAAGUGCUAGCGGGCGCAUACAGUCUGGCCUGGAGAACAUCCUGCCAGCAAGCUUCUUCGAUAUGCAAAAGUGCGCUGGCGACUUCCCCAAGGAGAACAAGUCCAUAUCGUCUCCACGCUCUCGGCCGUCUGCUACCCCACUCUCCAACUUGUCGCGUUCUGUAUCGUCCAUGACAGACAGCUUUAUGCUAGAACACUGGGGUCCCUCUUCUUCAAAGUCCACGCGACCUGAACACGAUGGCAGAGACAGCACAGAGGCUCCACCCAAGGAGGAGGACGCGCCUACGGUAAUAUCCAAUUGGGCACAUUUAUCCUACAUAAAAUCCCAGCGUAAUACACUUCGCGCCGAACUCAAGGCUCACCAAGUCGCUGGAGCCGAAGCAAAGCGGUCCGUGUCGUCGUUGCGGCGUCUGGCCUUUCGCAUGGCCGUGAAUAUAUCGGUCAAGGAAAAGCAGAUUGCAACUACAGCGCGUAGCUUAGCCAAGAGUAGGACAAGUAGCUAUCUGGAAGGCAAAGAUGCGCAGAAGAGAGUAGAGGAGUUGAAGAGGGCGUUGCAUGUUGAAGAAGGACGGAACAAGGAGAUUCUCGAGGCACUGGAGAGGGCUUCUAUGUUGACGCUUCAAUACUCAAAUCCGAAACCUCAACCUCAACACAAACCUAUAGGUCUCUUUAUCUCACCACCUGCAUCUCCGCCGACGCGUUCAAGUGUUCUUGACAGUCCAACUCUUGCUCCGAGAACUCCAACGCGAGCGUCUCCCUCGCCAUGGCACGAUCUAGAUCUCGAGCUCACUCCCCGUCUGUCAAGUCCUUCGGAGAUACGCACCUCCGACAGUCGUUUGAUACGAGCGAAACGCGAAUCUGACCAGGCUCUUGCUGCCUGCCGAAGCCGCAUAGAGCAAUUACAACGCGAAUGUGCAGCAAGCAAGGAAGACGGUAGGCUUCUGGAAGCGACAAGAGAAGGUCUGGAACAGGAGAUCCAAAGCCACCAGUCUCGAAUUGCUGCUUUGGAGCGUUCGAGGUCUGCGGUACAAGAAAUCUUGGAGUCGACCAAGGCGCAAUUGAACAUCACAGUAGGCUCGGAAGAGACAUUGAAGCAGGAAUUACAGGCCAAAUGCGAUGAAAUCGCAGAAUGGGAACACAAGAACGGAAACCUGCAGUACAUAAUCGAAGGGCUGCAGAAAGAGAAGGUUGACCUGAAUGACCGUCUUGGCACACAGAAUGCUCUGGUUAGGGAAAUGGAGAUCCGCACCACCACACUGGAAGAAACCCUACACUCUUUGCAGAGUAAGGCGGAAAUCGCUGAGCGCCACGAAUCGUCGCUACGAGACCGUCUCGCAGAGAAGGAAAGCGCAUGCCAAGAUCUGAGGAAGCGACUUGACCGAGGAUUGGAACACAUCGCACGUCUAGAGCAGAAGAUUACUGGGUACGAGAAAGAUGAGGCUGAGCAUCUUCGAAAGAUCGAGAUUGGUGGGAGUGUCAUCUCUGCGUUACGUGAGCAGCUCCAUGAGUCGCAAGCCACAAGCAAAAAUACCGAAGACGCCUUGACAGCUCUGAAGGAGGAAGUGGAGCAGGUCCAAGCCAAUUUACGAGCUGAGAGCGAUGCAAGUAGAAGCUUGACUGCAGAGCUUGAGGCUAUGCGAAUAGAGAAAGCCAAUGUUUAUAGGGACUUGCGUGCCACGUCAGAGAACCUUAAGCGAGAGGCCGAAUCGAAGACCAACCUCCAAACUGAGCUAGAAGAUUUGCGCAACUCUCACGACGACGUUGCAAAACAACUGCGACAAGCCCACGAGCGCACUCAAUCGUUAGAGACGGCUGAUGCCAGCAACCGGGCUAAGCUAGAGACACUUCACGACGAAAAGGCAUCAAUCGAAGCCGAUCUCAAAGAUGCCCGGCAACUGCUGUUCAGACUGCGCGAAGAUGUACGGAUGCGAGAUGCCGAGCUUGCUGACCUGCAGUCUGUCAAGUCAAAACUCCAACAGAAGCUUCAGACAUCAGAAGAGCGGGUAUCACAUCUCGAGCAAGAGUUGGACCAAGUACAGGCGUCCAAGCAAGCAGCUGAUGAACAGCAUGCAGCCGAGAUGAAGAAAAGCGCUGAACACCUCCGCGAACUGGAGUCGUCUAUGCUUAAUCUCCGAUCAGUGCUUGAGUCGUCAGAGAGGCUGGAGGCUACUUUACGACAAGAGCUGGAUCAUGUGCGAAGCUCCAAAGAUGCGGUUGAGAAUGAGCUCGGUCAGGCACUCCGAUCGAAAGCAGACCUCGAAGGCCAGGUCGACCAUAUUCAGUCGAGACUGACAUGGACGGAGAGCGACCGUGACAGCUUGCAGACUAAGAUUAUCCAGCUUGAGGGCGACCUGAACAUCAGCUCUCAGGCCAAGAGUCGUCUUGAUGCGCGGCUCUCUGCUACGAUAAAUGAGAGUGAUUCGCUGAAGACUCGCGUCACAGAGCUAGAGGGUGCGCUCGAGGACAACAUCGAGGCAAAAUCAAAGACUGAAGAAGCCUUAUCCAUCGCGCAAUUGGACGGUGAGACUUCUAGCAAAGGUCUGGCGGAUCUUCGUGGGCAGCUCGAGGAUGUGGAGGCUGCUAAAGACCAAGUGGAAGAGGAGUUGCACGACGUGAUCAGCUCGAAAUCAGAUCUCGAAACCCAGCUCCAGUCAGCGAAAGAUCAGUUGGUCAAGGCUGAGUCUGAGGGUCGCGACGUACGCUUGCAACUUUCAGAGCUACAGGGUGAAGUGGCGAAAGUCCAAAGAUCGAAACAGCAGCUCGAAGAGCAGUUGUUGGCCCACAAUGCAUCCCACGAAAAGCUUGACGAGGAUCUACAAUCUACACAAUCCCAGCUGCAGGAGGUUCAGGCUCGGAUCCCACAGCUUGAGGCAAGACUAGCAUCCAGCGAAGAAGAGCUUGAAGCUAUGUGCCGAGCCAAGGCAGUCACCGAGAAGCGACUCGAAGAGACACAGGCUGCAAAUGCAGGCUUAGAGAAGGAGCUCGCUGUUGCACGGCAAAACAAUGAAGACAUCAAGAAUCAACUUGACAGUACCGUUGCCACCAAUGCACAACUGGAGAAGGAUCUCACUGCAAGUCGUUCCCAAAUGGGCGAAGCGGAUGCACACAACGCCGAGCUCACUUCAGAACUAGGUCGAGCUGAGAAAGAGCUGGAAACUCUCCGACAACUUAAGGAUGAUGUCGAGAAGAGGUUGAGCGAAGCAUUAGCUGUCUCGACAAGCACAGAAGAAUGCCUUUCCUCGACCCGCUCGCGUCUUCGCGAACUCGAAUCGCAGAAUUCCUCCAUCACAACAGAGCUUACAGAGACGAACGAAAAGCUAGCCGCUCUUCGCCAGGCGAAAGCCGAGUUGGAGAGCAAGGCAACCGGCGCCGAACAACAUGCCGGGUCUCUUCAAGAAGAUCUGACGAACACGCGCUCCCGACUUCACGAGCUCGAAGCACAAAAUUCGUCCACCACUACAGAGCUUGUGGAGGCAAAUGAAGAAUUAGCCACUCUCCGACAGGCAAAAGCCGAGUUGGAGCGUAAGGUAGUCGACACUGAACAGCAUGCUGGAUCUCUUCAGGAUGAUCUAACGAACAUGCGCUCACGGAUAGCCGAGCUGGACUCGAAUAGCACUAGCUUGAUCUCCAAGUUGUCGGCUAGCAGCAAGGAGCUGGAGGAGGUCAAACUAGCUUACGCAAAACUUGAGGAAUCUUCUGAAACAACUUCGCAUCGGAACGGGGAGCUUGAGGCUGAACUCCAAGCUGCACAGAUGCGCCUCGACAUUGCUGAGUCGGAAGGUUUCAGCUUAGUCUCUAAGUUGUCACUUAGCAGCAAAGAACUAGAGAACCUUAAACUGGCUCACGCAAAACUCGAGGAGACGUCUCGAACCGCGACUCACCGUAAUGGUGAGCUUGAGACCGAACUGCAAGCUGCGCAGAUGCGCCUCGACAUUGCGGAGUCGGAAAGUCUGGAAGCGAUCAACAAAUUCGUCGGAGCCGACAAGGAGCUUGUUUCUCUUCGAGAGUCGAAUGCCAAGCUAGAUUCCUCUGAGAAAGAUUUGCUGGCUCGUCUUACUUCAGCAGAAGAAGAGCUGGACACUGCACGUGAGAAGAACGCUCAACUGGAGGCUUUCCUCGAGCGUGUGGAAGCUGACAUGGCUGACGCUCAUUCUGCCAUUGAGGAUACCGAGAGGCGCUACCAUGAGUCUAUGGAGGCUUCACAAUCUAAGUUGGAAGCGGCAAAGAAUUCCAAGCAAAAGUACAAGCGCAGACUUGGUGAAAGAAACAACGAACUUGAGAUCUUGAUCAAUGAGAACUCAGAUCUACAUCACCAGAUCGGCGAUCAGACGCGUGAAUUGGGUGCGCUCAAGAAGGGCAAAGGCAAAUUAAUCGAAGAGCUGUCGAAGAAGGAGAAGUACAUCGAGGAGCUCGGAUCAUCUUCAGACAACCGAAUAAGAUCCCUGAACUCGGCGUACGACGGUUUGAAGAAAAAGUUCGAAGAACAGCAACAACAGCACCGACAAUUAGACGGUAAACACGACAACGCUGUUCGCCUAGAGGCCGAACUGGAGAGGAAGAUGACUGAGAUUGAAGAGAUGCGACACCAUCAGGACGAAUAUGCGACGUCAUUCACUGCAUUAGAGCAAGAAGUGAAGACCUUGCGGGAUGAUAAGAGAGCAUUUGAGAAACUGGUCGCCACACUCCAAGAGAAGAUCAGACAUCUGGAAGUCUUGGAGGAGUGGGAGGAGCCGAGCGAACUCAACAGGACCACCUCACCACGUCACAUCACUAUCCAAGACGGCCCCUACGACACUGCUCCGCCUAGCCCCAUGUCUUCUCAUACGAGAAGUUCAAUUGGCCACGUCAGCAUACAGCAUGAAAGGCCUCAAACCAGCGCCAGUACUGUCUCCCACGAAGAAGAUCUCGAUUCAUGGGCAAUGCAAGUCGAGAAGAUACGCAUGCAACGCAACGAUGCGGCUGUUCAACUCAAAGGCAUGAAGAAGUCCCGACACAACCUUAAGAAGACGCUGAGAGACACCGACGCGCAACUUCACCGGAUAGAGAAGGAGACCAAAAUAAAGCGACCCCAAAACCUUCUCAGAAAGAAGAGCCGUCCAAUUACACCAACCCUCCUCAUCAUAAACCAAGCCCGCACCUCACCCUCCCCGCGUAUCGGCGCUUCGUCUCCACAAACACCUACCCGCCCUACAACCUCACAUAACAUUUCUUUCUCGCCUCGAUCCACGGUGAACGCCAACUCGCGGCAUAGCACAUACAUCGCUCCUACUACUCCUGAUAAGGGAGCUACACCUUCGACGCCUGAACGUCCCAAAACCAGUCAUAGUCUGCGGAAACGACUGAGUUAUCGAGCUACGACUAGUGGUGGUGAUGAGCAUGCGGGUGUCUCGCCUGGAGAACGUGGGCAUAUGAGGAGGUGGAGCUCUGGAUUGAGGAGUUUGUUUCAUAAGCAUGCGUGA